UUUAACUAUUUUUAUUUGUAUCUUCGUCAUUUUAUUAUUAUUUUUGUUUCUUUAUCCAUCUCAUAAGAUGUAAAAGUUCUACAAACUUGUCUCUGCUCUUCUGCAGCGAUGCUCUUCAGCCACUUCUUCUCAUUUUUCAUGACUGGAUUGUUUGUUGGUCUUUUUAUGGAUUUGUUGUUUGCCCCGCCUUUCGACGUGCAACCAUGGCCAUCAUCAGCAAGGAGACGAAGAAUCCCGUCGUGCCUUUCUCUGCACGUCCUCGUCUCUCGCCGGAAAGUCUUUUGGGGUCGUGGAAUGUCUUCCAGAUGAUAGCCAUGGUGGUCUAUCCGGAGCCAUCGUCGUCAAACACGACCUAUCCGACGCCGUCGUCGUCGUUGUCGGGAUCGAUGGCGGACACGGAGGAAGAGAACAAGGACAAGCAGCCGUCCCUGGUUUACUCGUGCCGAGAAUGUGUUCGAAAGAGGAAGCCUCAGUCGUUCGCCGACGACGGAAAAGAGGUCGAGUACGCAAACGACAUCCUGUGGCUGCCCGGUGGCGUUUCUUCACAUCUCCAGCCCACCAGUUUGGGAGGGGUGGUUUUGGCCGUCGGAUGGUUAGGAUCUGAUGGUUCCCGCCUGUCAAUGGAAAGGGAGUACGACGAGAAUGGUUGUCUUGCAGAGGUUCGAUGUAAUUCCGAGGUACGUGGGGGAUGGGUUGGAGGGCGGAUGUGAUACGAUCCGAUCGUCAUUCUAGGCCUAGGCCGGCCACCGGUACUCAACUCCAGCCUUGCAGACAAGAAUGGAACUCGUCCCGACUGCCGCAACUCUCGGGGGCGGGCCGUCGUUGACAAAUUUCGUCGAUGCCCUUUGUCGUGUUGCUGGCCACCGAAAGUCGCCGUGAGGGGCCUGCCGGGCCGAUGUAUGGCCGUGUAGUGGUGGUUUAAACCGCCAGUAUUUCCGAGCCUCUUUUUCCCGACACAGAUUUCGGCCUCUGUGCCAAUGAAAAAUGAACCGGCGCGGACGUGUUUUUGUUUCUCUUUGCCUGGGAUUCUCUGGGACCACCAGGCACUUUGGUUCAGAAGACCGAGGCCCGAAGGACAUGACGCGCAUACACCCGCGCCUCGGAACAAAAUUUCCUGGGAGUCCCUGGGACCACCAGCCACUUUGGAAAAGGUUACGACGGACGCAGCCGUCCGCGUUUAAAGAUGUGGAUGAUCGUAGUGUCCAUUAAGGUAGGCGUGUUGCAGAAGUGCGACUGCUGUGUUCACCCGAAUAGAACGCAGGUCAUUAUAGAUGUAUCUGGUGCAAUUUUCAGUCUGGAUACAGCAAUAAAUGACUGUGUGUUCUAUUCGGGUGAAGACGGCAGGUAGCAGGCGUUUCCUGCCGUCCUGUGCUGUGUUAGCAGGACCAGACGGAGUUUAUCUGGACGGUGGAUUUGUAACACAGGAUCAGACUGAGAGCAUCUGGACCGUUUCAUCGCUACAGAUUCCAAUGAAGAAGGCUGUCUGCUUUUUCUAACUCAGCACAGAAUAGCGGAGGAACGUUUGGUUGUGAGAUUAUGUAACUGGUUUAAUUAAAAAAAAAAAAAAAAAAAAAAAAAAAAAAAAAAAAGGAAAAAAAAGAGAGAGAGAUUAUGUAACUGGUUGUUGAGUGUUGUGAGAAAAGCGCCCUUCUCUAAAUGUUUGGCGAUUUCCUAUCAAUCUUUUUCUUAUGCGCGAGUAAGGGUUGGGGAGGGGGUGAAUAGCGGGGGUAGUAGUGUAGACAGCUGAUGAGAUCCAAUGAUAAAUGACCCUGUCAAGC